GUAAUUUAAGUAGCAGUGUGCAGUGAAUUGUGAAAGAAAAGCGAGGCAAGCAGAGGGAGCUCUUUUUCUUCCAAAACCCUACAAACUGCAGCCUUAAGCUUCUGUUACUCUCAAUCUCAUACACUCUUCUUCUUCUUCUUCUUCAACAGCAGAAAACCCUAAUAAUCUAAUCUACUAAUAAAGAUGCCUCCAAAAGCUGCGAAAUCGAAGGAAGCACCUGCUGAGCGCCCAAUCCUUGGUCGAUUCUCUUCUCAUCUCAAGAUUGGCAUUGUGGGCUUGCCAAAUGUGGGAAAAUCUACACUUUUUAAUACACUCACCAAGAUGGCAAUACCUGCUGAGAACUUCCCAUUUUGCACCAUUGAGCCUAAUGAGGCAAGGGUCAAUGUCCCUGAUGAGAGAUUUGAGUGGCUCUGCCAAUUAUACAAGCCAAAAAGUGAGGUUUCAGCUUUCUUAGAAAUCCAUGAUAUAGCUGGAUUGGUCCGAGGUGCUCAUCAAGGACAAGGGUUGGGAAAUAGUUUUUUGUCCCACAUCCGUGCUGUAGACGGCAUUUUUCACGUUCUACGAGCAUUUGAGGAUCCCGAUAUUAUCCAUGUAGACGAUGUUGUUGAUCCAGUGAGGGAUUUAGAGGUUAUUACUGAAGAAUUGCGGCUGAAGGAUAUUGAAUUCAUGGAAAGAAAGCUAGAGGAUCUUGAGAAGAGCAUGAAGAGGAGCAACGACAAGCAGUUAAAAAUUGAGCACGAAUGCUGUCAAAGGGUUAAGGCAUUCAUUGAGGAAGGAAAAGAUGUGCGCCUAGGGGAUUGGAAAGCUGCUGAUAUUGAGAUUAUAAAUACAUUUCAGUUGCUAACUGCCAAGCCUGUUGUAUAUUUGGUUAAUAUGACAGAAAAAGAUUACCAAAGAAAAAAGAACAAGUUUCUUCCAAAAAUUCAUGCAUGGGUCCAGGAGCAUGGUGGUGGACAAAUUAUUCCUUUCAGUUGUGUUUUAGAGAGGACACUUGCUGAUAUGCCGCCAGACGAAGCAGCUAAGUAUUGUGAGGCGAAUCAAGUUCAAAGUGCUCUUAGCAAAAUAAUAAAGACUGGAUUUUCAGCUAUUAAUCUCAUAUACUUCUUCACAGCAGGACCCGAUGAGGUUAAAUGUUGGCAAAUUAGACGCCAAACAAAGGCUCCUCAAGCUGCAGGGACUAUCCACACUGAUUUUGAAAAAGGAUUUAUCUGUGCCGAGGUAAUGAAGUUUGAUGAUCUAAAGGAACUUGGUAGUGAGGCAGCUGUAAAGGCUGCUGGAAAGUAUAAGCAGGAAGGUAAAACCUAUGUAGUCCAAGAUGGUGACAUUAUAUUUUUCAAGUUCAAUGUUUCUGGUGGAGGCAAGAAGUGAAAUCCAAGUAUAUCACCUGAACUAUGCAUGGAGUGUGUGUGCUUCAUGAUGCUGCCAUAAUACCAUGCUGCAACUUGUAAAAGCUUGGAAUGUAAUUUUUGGACCAUGUUCUAAUUAAAUUACUACUACUCCUAGUUAGGUUGAAUAAUUCUAGUGGAUUUUGAUCUUAAUUGGUUCUCCAUUCCCAAAUUUGCAAUAUGCUACUCUACAUUUUUAUAGAUGUUGGUGAAUUGAUAUUUACUGCAUGUUAUGGAUCAAUCAAUCAAUCAAUUUAAUGGUGGGUUCCUUCA